GUUCCCCUACUCAUCAACACCAUCCUCAUUCUUUUUCACCCUCUCUCUCUCUCUCUCAUUGUGUGUGGUAUAAAUAGACGCAUAUUGCAUCUAAGAUGAGCAGUAGCGUUUGUGCAGAGCAACACAAGCUCCAUACCUCCCACCAACUCCUCUCCUCCAAGAAGCAGCUCAAGAACAUAGAUAUCCCACCAAGAAAGCUCCUCGGCCGCCGCCUAAUUCCGACCCAAGAAGCCGAAAUGUAUUUCUCCGACUCCCCGCGCUUCUCCUCUUCCUUGGACGAAUCCACCCUCUUGCGGAAAUUCUUGCCCUAUAAUGGUGGCGACGAUGACUCUGAUGACUCCGACCCUUACUCCUCUGACCACUUCCGCAUGUUCGAGUUCAAGGUCCGCCGCUGCACCCGCAGCCGUAGCCACGACUGGACCGACUGCCCUUUCGCACACCCUGGCGAAAAAGCCCGCCGACGGGACCCCCGGCGGUUCCACUAUUCUGGUCAGGUGUGCCCGGAGUACCGCCGCGGCGGAUGUAGCCGUGGUGAUAGCUGUGAGUUCGCUCACGGCGUGUUCGAGUGCUGGCUGCACCCUGCCAGGUACCGAACCGAGGCUUGCAAAGAUGGGAAGAACUGUAAGCGAAAGGUGUGUUUCUUUGCUCACACGCCUCGCCAGCUUCGUAUUCUGCCACUGAAUUCUCAGAACUCUUCGCCGACAGAGCUUCCUUGCAAGAAGAAAUUCCUGAAAUCCUCCAGCUCGAAUCAUUGCUGCUUGUUUUGUCAUUGCGCAACCUCUUCACCGACUUCAACGCUAUUAGGUAUGUCCCAUUUGUCUCCGCCGCUUUCUCCGCCUCUUUCCCCUGUGAAACAGCGUUCCAUUAAUGGUUUAUCACCGAUUUCUCGAUAUACUGACCGAUUUGUAAGCUCCGAGCUGUCCGGUACUGGUGGUAUGCACCAGCUGAAUCCUGGGGUGCCGAGCUACAAAGAUGUGCUAACUGAGCUAAUGAGCUCGUUCGAGGCCAUGAAUUUCAGUGAAGAAGCCUCGCCUUUGUCUUCUAAAAGCCCAAAUGUGCCUUGGGUUGAUGUUUCCUUCAACAGUGAAGAUCAGCCACAGUUUAUUCUUUCACCCUCAACACCAAGCCCUUAUGGGUCUGAAAAUUUUUUCAGCGGGAACUGCUCGAGCAAGAGCUUCGUUGAUGAUGGCGGCAAUAACAACGACAACAACAAAAACAAGGUCAAUGUGGAAAAUCCUUGGUCUUGCUCUGAUCCUGAUCUUGGGUGGGUCAAUGAACUUCUGAUGUAGAUCGAAGAAGACUGAUCGUGGUAAGAGUGACGGCCAUUAAAAGAUGCUUGGUCGAUCUGGAAAUAUAUAUAUAUAUAUAUAUAUAUAUUGAACCUACAGCCGUGCAUGC